GAACAGCAGAGAUAAGGGGGGGCAAAUUUGGCGCAUGUGUGGAAGCGUUCUGAGCUGCUCUUUUACAGCUGAGGAGGAGAGCCAUCAUGAUACCUCCGAUGAAGUCAACAUGAACAGGUUUCAAAGGUUCCAGAAGGCAGCUGAGGCUGAUCCUUUUGCUGUGGAGUCGCUGAAAGUCUUGAAACCAAAGGCCUCCAAUACUGGGCUGGCAACUGAUCCACAACAGACGGCACGCCAAGUUGAAGGACAAAAUGAUGGAAAGCUAGGAGUUGUAGCAGGUCGUGAACAUGGGGCAACGAACGGGCCUCAGACAGUCACUGGCUCCACUAGUACCACCGUUGGGGGAGGCGCCACCACUUUUGAGUCUCCCGACUGGGCAACCGAACCACGUCCGGGAGCGUUUUUCCUGGAGGUGAUGAAAGACGGGGUGGGCAUCGACCAGCUGCCUCUGGACCGGAGAGCGACCGUCUUCGGCCGGCAGGCGCCGCUGUGCCACUACGUUUUGGACCACCCGUCCGUGUCGAGACAACACGCGGCGCUCGUGUACCAUAAGAAUGGCAGUUUCUACGUGGUCGACAUGGGCUCCGCGCACGGGACAUUUGUCUCCAACGAGCGCCUGCGAAAAGACAGCCCUGUUGAGAUCGAGCCUGGCCAAUCGGUCACGUUCGCAGCCUCGACUCGGUUGUACAUGCUCCGGAAAGCCAAGCCGGAUGCUGAAGGCGGGGGGCCCCGGCUACGCGACUCGGCAACGCCUCCCGUCGAAAUGCCAUCUCCGCCCGAUCCUGCAGACACAGAAGCCGUUGUUGCAUACCAUACUCUCGUGAACAGGCACGGGUACGAUUCUCCCUUGAACGCCGAAAGGCUCCCUGAAAGAGAGCCGCCCGACAAGGGGCCGUCCAGCGACGAGCGUCCGGAUGACGGACCAGCUCCGGACGAAACGACGGACGGCCGCCCGACCAAGCGGCAAAGGAUGCGAAGCAGAGUUUCGUUUAGCGAUCAGUACGGAGGGGCUCUCGCCCAAGUCGUGGGCGUAUCUGACGGUGCUGACGUGGACCGUGUCGGGCCAGUAGGCGUCCCCGAGGGCCAGGCACUAACCGGGAAGUACGCUUCACUUGUAGAGACGGUAAUCGAGCCGUUGCCAAAGAGGAGUGUCGCAUCUCCGAAGCAGCCCCCUGCUGUGUCGGAUAAGUUGAAACAGUAUCUUAGCUUGUCGAAGGGGUUAUAUGGGGAUUUACCAGCCCCCAGUACGAGCGAGGCGAGCGGCAGCUCUGGUGGGGCACCAAAAGAGACUCGGAGAACGGCUUCGUUUGAAGCCUCUUCCGCAGCUGCCUCGCCCUCCGCUCAGCCUCGGGAUGAUCCUGUUUUUGGAGAUGACGAUGAUAUUUUCGAGAACAGAAUAGGGGCGCAGACAGAUGGUACAAACAGGGAGGCGUCAGGUUCGUUGUCAAAACCCUCAAGACCGUAACGAUCUUUCUGCUCUAGAGCGUCAGCAUCCAGGUUGAAUGACAAGUUUUGUUUGCAUGAUUAAUGGGCCAGCUUCAAAUGCGUUCGCCUAGGCACGUACAUGUGCGAGAGUACACAUGUCGUGCUGGCCAUUUCAAGACCCUGCUUUGCAAUCGGGAAUUUUCAAUCAGCUUAUCCGGGCCAAGGCGAUCCAAUCAUUCACCGCAUCAGGU